AUGUCCCCCACGACAGCUCUACAGGGCCGCGUGAAAGAGCUCUCGGCUUCCCUAGGACAAAUCCAGCCCCUCGUGGAUCGACUGCGCGAUUUCACUUCAUCUAUUGGACAGGGCGAUGAAGCCCGUCUAGAGCUUGGGAGUGAGAUACAUUCCCGGCUAAAGGAAGCUGAGCAGGAGUUAGAGCUGCUGCGUGUGGAGAUCGAAGCGCUGGAAACUGGCUCAGAUAACAGGCGUAAGGCACCUGCUGCCCAUGGACCAAAGGAGGCUGAGAGGGAGCGGGUUAUUUCUAUGGCAGGGCGAUUAGCCGAGGAUCUCAAAAGAACACGAGGAGAUUUCCGAACUGCCCAAUUACAAGCGAAGCGGAAUGCUGAACUCGCCAAGCGGAAGGAGAGAGAAUUGCUGCUGUCAAGAUCGCACUCUUCCGAGAAGAAGCAGCCGACAGAGAAGUUCACUCAGGAUGAUCUUGUUUUGAACGCCUCGAACGACGUGACAUCUGCGCUGCGCAGAACCCAUCAGCUUAUGCAGGCGGAGCUCUCCCGCAGUCAGUUUGCCCAAUCGACUCUUGAACAAUCCACAGCCGCGAUUUCAUCGCUGUCCGAGUCCUAUAGCGGCCUUGAUACACUUCUCUCUUCAUCCCGCAGCCUCGCUAACUCUCUUCUCCGCUCCCAAAAGUCUGAUACAUGGUACCUUGAGACUGCUUUCUAUAUUCUUCUUGGGACAAUUGGCUGGCUUCUAUUCCGACGUGUCUUCUAUGGGCCUCUUUGGUGGCUUGUAUGGCUGCCUUUGAAGCUCACCGCGCGGGUUGCGUUUGCGACACUAGGUGCAGCCGGACUGUCCACUACAGUUGUGCAAUCUGCUUCUCAGUCCCUCUCAGGGGAUGUCUCUACCGCUAUUCAUCAAAUGGCUACGGCGGCUGCAUCAGGAACCGUGACAGCCAGUAGCGCUGCCUGGGAGCAAGAGCCGUCAGCACCGAUCGAAAGCAAUCGUGUAAUUGACAAAAUUGGUGACAUGGUUGAGCAAGAGAAACAAAAAAGCAUAGAUAUUGACGAUGUCACCCCGGAGGAGAGGGCAAGACAAGCAGAGCUUCCCCGGAACACAAAAAAGAGGAUGUUCGAGGCUGGGAUGGAGGAACCGUUGCGAGAUGAGCUAUAG